AUGUGGCGUAGGUGUCUGGAAUCCUUGAGGCCGCGGCUGAAAGCUCAUUUCACCAACGAGAACCGUUCCAAGGUCGCUCUCCUCGGUGGAUGCUGCGCCUGCGUGUACCUCAACGGUACGUGGCUGUAUAUGCGCAACCGUUCCGGCGAAUCCGCAGAAUGCAACCGUCUGGAUGGGCCCAUCCCUCAGGUGAAAAAUCGCCUGUUUAUCAGCGACUUCAUAUCGCAUUUCUCGCCGUAUCUGCUUCCCACUUUCUCCAGGGGCGGUUGGAUGUCUGAAUUCGAGAAGAUCGUCGACACUGGCUCAUCGGAAUUCCGCGAACGCCUCAUGGCCUACUUGUGCCUGAACAAAGUGCUGCGCAAUGCCGUUUGCGUUAGGAGCCUCUUUUCUGGAUCUAAAAAGUUCGACCUCGUGAUGAGCGAUAUUGUGAAUCCCAAGGACCUGCCGUCGAGCGCCAACAAAGCAGACGACUCCGACAAGAAAGAACCAGAGCUGCUGUUCAACGUCAAGAUGAGCUGCCUGGAGCAAUAUUUGAGGGCUAUCCCAAAGGAGGAACGCAAAGUGGAAUAUGAGGACCUGGCGCACCUGAUUAAACUGCCGAAACUCUACCCGUCAGCAGGCGCCAACGAGAAGGUUUCCAGGGUGUUGCGCCUAUUUUUCGAGAACGAGGACAACUGCGUCAUGGUGGCCAAGAAAGAAUUCGAGGCCUUUGAAUCGUGUUCGCUGAUAAACAAUAACGAGAACAAAGCCAGUGACAUGGUGCUGACGUAUUUGUACUCGACAAAGUCGACCAAAUCAUGGUUUUCCGCGCUGCUGAGCGACACGCACCUCACGGCCGUUAACAACGCGGAGUCUAUCGACAUGAUCAAUAAAGCAGUUCGUAGCCAGGAGAUGGCGCUGUCCCCGCUGGCUGUCAGCAGGGUUAAUUUCGAUGGCUUGCUUCCAGUCUUGUCCGCGGUUGAGAUCUCAUACGCUUUCGCAUUUCUCCGGACCAUCUUCUCAGGCAAGGUUCCCGGAGUGGACCGCGGUUCCAAGUUCCAAAUGGCACUGAUGGAAGGCUGCAAAACCACGAGGGGAAUUUUGAUAUUCCACGGAAUAUUCCUGAUUCAAAGCAAGCUAAUAAACUCGGAGUAUUAUUUCAAGAAUGAAGACUACAUGAUACCAAUGAGUUUGGCGAUGUGCUCCAGCUCGUGGCUGGCGCUAAGCGCCUUGGCGAUGACGCAUCGGCAUCUUUUGUUCCCGUUGAUGGUGCACAGAUUUUUCAACUGA